AUGCCAAUCAAGGAGGUGGAGCCAUUGUCUCGCUACACCAACUUCACGUUGAACCAUGUGUGGGAGAAGUUCGAUUGCCAAACCGCCUUGCUCACCAAAGAGGCUCUCCUUCCUUUGGCGAAGCGCAACCCAGAGCUCUUUGACCCCGACCUGGACAACAUGAACACUGUGAGGCUGUCUUUGACACAACCGAAGAGUAGCCCUUUGAGUAAGUGA